AUGAAUAAAUCUAUCAAUAAUAAAACAAAUGCUGAAAUCGAUGAUAAUACAUUAGGAGGUAUAGUGCAGAGCAACAAUUUUCUUGGUCUCCUCCCAUUACCAUACUCGUUGUCAACUUUCAAGAGUAGUUUACCAUUGUUACAAACAACGACAUUAUCAUUUGCUGACACUCAUAUUCCACAAACAUCAACAAAUAACAAAAACAACAGCACUUAUACAUCUUCAUCUUCUUCUACUACACAUUUACAUUCAUCAUUUGACGAUUUAAAUAACUUUGAAAAUCAAUCAAAACCAAUGUCUUCAUCAACAUUUCGUGGCUCAUCAUUUUCCAUGGCUAAACCAUCUUUAUUUAAUCAAUCACGUGAAAAAGAAAGAUUUGAAUUAUCAACAUUAAAUGAUAAAUUUGCUGAUUAUGUUGAGAAAGUUCGAUAUUUAGAAGCACAAAAUAAAAAAAUUCAAAUGGAUGCAAAUCUUCUGACGGAAAAAGAACAAGAAAAUUGUCAAAAAAUUAAAUCAAAAUAUGAAACUGAAAUAGCACAAUUAAGACAAACAGCUGAGAAAUUAUUUAAAGAUAAAAAUAGUACAUUUUCUACUGCACAAGAAACACAAAAUACUAUUGUUCCAUUAAAACAACGUUUAAAUCAAACAUUUCGAGAAUGUGAUUCAUCUAAAUAUGAUACGGAAAAAGUUGAACGACAAUUAUCAUCUGUUGAAGGUGAUAUUAUAAUGUUUAAACGUCGUCUUGCACAUCAAGAUAAUGAACAUAAUCAAUGGAAACAAUUAAUUGCCCAAAUACAACGUUUUUUCGUACAAACAAAAAAUGAAAUUCAAACUGAAAUAAUAACACGUUCAUCAUGUGAACAAAAAAGUAAACAAUUACAAGAUGAAAUCGUUCGAUUACGCGAACAACAACAACAAAAAUUAAAAGAUAUUAAACAAUCUGCAAUAAUGUCAGGUUCAACUACAACAAAUGAUCGUGCACAUACAUUUAAAUCUGAAUUAUCGAAUGCGAUAAGAAGAAUUCGUCAAGAUUUUGAACGUGAACAUGAUGCACAUCGAAAUGAAUUAUAUGGACAAUUUCAACAAUCUUAUCAAAAUAUUGCUCGACAAUAUCCUGAACUUGGACAUUUAUUUUUAAAUGAUCGUGAACAAGAACGUAUUAAACAAGAAGAAGAUCGUGUACGUGCUGAUAUACAACGUGUACGAACAGAUAUGAAUGCAUUAAAACAAAAAACAUCGGAAUUAAAAUUACAAUUACGUGAAUUACAAAUCAAAAUUGAAAUGACAACAGAUGAAAAUCAACGUCUUCUACAAUCACAACAAAAUGAAAUGAAUCAAUUUAAAUUACACAAUGAUAAAGCAACACAAGAUUAUGAAGAUGUUAUACAUAAACAAACAUCAUUGGAAAAAGAAAUUGAAACAUAUAGAAAUUUAUUAGAAGGUACAAUGAAACCAGUUGUUGAUAAUAUUACAGAUGAUUUUAAUACAAAAACGGCAAAUCAAGUUACAGUAGAGAAACAACAAGAUACAACAGCAACUCGAACAACUUAUACACCAAAUACUGAUCGAUUAUCAUCAAAACUUAAUUAUAGAAAAACAAAUGAUAUUAAUUUCUAUGGGUCUUAUAAUACUUUAUAUCCAAAUAAUAAAUCAUCAGAAAAUACAACAACAACAACAACUGUUAUUGAUAUUCCCGUAACAAGAUUUACAGAAGAUUCAGAAAUAAAGAAUCAAAAUUCAGAUGUGAAAACUAAUGAUAAUGAACAACAUAUUGUUGAAGUUGAACAACCAACAGAUGAUUCAUCUUCGAUAAAUAUUUAA